GUGCUGUCCGCCGUGCGGGUUGGAUAUGACAUACUCGUGACGUGAUAGUCGAUCGUCUCGUCUCGUCUCGUCUCGUCACCCCCUUUAGCCUACCCUUAUCCUACGAAACGAACGUCGUCAGCAACGUCGAAUCGCGCGCGCUCGUUUCUCUCUCUCGCACUCUCUCGCUCUCUCGUUUUCUUUCUCUCCUCGAGUGGACCCGGGGACACGAGGAGUUCGAUCGUGCGGAAGGAACGUCGCUCGCGCCUCUCCGCGUCCGCGCUUCGCACCUGGAGAGAGUCUCGUUUCAACCCCCGACGAGCGACCGCGUUCGGUGGACGCGCGGGUAUACAUGUCGUGAUGCCGCGGGGUGAGCGACGCGCGCCGCCGAGAGGACUCGCGGCCGAGGGUGCUUCGAUCUCGUCCUGACGAUACCAGCUCUCGUGCGUCAGCCCUCCCCCAGUGGACCCCGUAGUGAUGCGUACGGUAGAAUAAUGUUGGUGUGAGUGUGAGGAACCUCGGUGGUGUACUCGGGCUCGGCGGAUGGAUCGGGGCUGCGUCUUUAGAGAUUGUGCCGGCUGUGCCCGCUCGUGAUCCCGAAAACGUGAAAAACAGAGGCGAGCGCGACGACGCGACAUAUAACACGAGAUACCCCGUACUCUCUCGUAUCCUCCUUCGUACGCGAAGUGUGUGCGACGUGUAACACGUGUGACAGUUACCCGUGGGAUACCACCGCGGAUUAUACGUUUCUUCGACCGCAAAAGGGUGGUCGGAGGCGUCGUGUGCGGGAUUACACACAUACGUAGUACACACAUACACAUCCCAGUGGUUCUCCUUGGUGCACGUUACGGCGGAUUCAUCCCUAAAGGAUAUGUCGCUAUAGUAUUCGCGCGGAUCGCAGCUACGAUGGCCGGAUACUCCAGUGCGCUCAAUACGGAUUUCGCUCCGGAAUCAGCGCGGAGGAUGCAACGAUCUGGGAUCGAUGCUAUCGGGGAUGCCAGGGAAUCCUCCGGAUGCGCGAUUACGAGGAGCGCGAGCAGAAGAAUCGGGCGGAGAAUAGCAUCGUUAAUAACUUGCCUCUCCCUGCUGAUGACAAUGGAGGCGAAGACAGUGGCAGCUACGAACGUGACAAACGCGUCGUCCGUGUUAGUGUCGACGCUGAAGCCGUUUACAACGACGGAAGUAGUUUAUCAGCGAUUCGCCAUCGAGCCGAUGGAUCAAACCGCGGUGAUUGGCAGUCGGGUGACGCUUCCAUGCCGAGUUCUCGAUCAGAAGGGGCCCAUUCAGUGGACGAAAGACGACUUUGGCCUGGGAGCAGUUCGGAAUCUCACCGGAUACGAGCGAUACGCCAUGAUCGGUAGCGACGAAGAAGGCGAUUUUUCGCUACACAUAUAUCCUGUGGAACUCGAGGACGACGGCACGUAUCAAUGUCAGGCUUCGCCGACAAACGACGGACAGCCGGCUUUACGAUCGAGAUUUGCCAAGCUAAGCGUACUAGUACCACCGCAGAAGCCGAAGAUCCUGCAGGGUGACUUCCUCGUCACCACCGAAGAUCGCGAACUGGUGAUCGAAUGCGUAAGCAGCGCCGGAAAGCCACCGGCGGAGAUCACGUGGAUCGAUGGACUGGGCAACGUGCUACAUCGUGGCAUCAAAACCACGAAGGAGCCGUUUGAUAACGGUCCGCUGACUACUGUAAAGUCCGUCCUGAGAGUGAUGCCGCGGAAGGAUCACGACAACACGACUUUCACGUGCCAAAGUCAAAACAUGGCGGAUCGUUCGCCGCAAAGCGCCAAACUUCGCGUCGAGGUACGUUACGCACCGAAGGUGUCCCUCUCGAAGAUCGAUCGCAUCGUCGAAGGCUCUGAGCUUAGGUUCAAAUGUUGCGCUGAAGCCAAUCCACCCGACGUGGAAUACAGGUGGUUUAUCAACAAGAAAAAGGUGAUCGGGGACUACACCACGGAGAUGAUUAUUCACAAUGCUACCCGCGAGCUGCACGACGCUACCGUAAAAUGCGAGGUUUCCAAUGACGUCGGGAAAAGCGAGGAGAGCCAAACCUUGGAUAUAAGAUACGGCCCGCAGUUUCGGCACCCACCGCUCUCCGUGGAAACGCAUUACGGCGCGACGGAGAUCCUGCAGUGCGACGUAGACGGGAAUCCGACGCCGGAGAUUCUGUGGUACCAUGAGGAUUCGGAGCGAAUGGUCGCCACCAGCCCGAACAUAAGCGUCUUUGUGAGCCCCGACACCGCCGGCCGUUACUACUGCAAGGCCCGAGUGCCCGGCUUCCCGGAAUUGACCGGCUACGCCAACAUCUACAUUCGCGCCCCGCCGAGCAUAGUAUCGCAAAGGAUCCAGUACGUGCCCGACGAAGGAGUGGUCAAGGUUAAGUGCACCGCGAUAUCCGUGCCAAAAGCGGACUCGGUGGUGUGGAGCUUCGCCGGUCGCGAGCUCAAUUUCACGUCGAACAAUACGCCAUUCUACGUGCAAGAGGAAUACGCGGCCGAGAGGAUAGUCAGCACUGUCACCCUACUGGAUCCCAUAUCGACGUACUUCGGGGAUUACAACUGCACGGUUACGAACAGCUUCGGCACGGAUUCCGUCAUUAUCAAACUGACAGCACACACGUUGAUUCCAGUCGAUUGGCAACUGAUCUUGAUCAUCGCUGGACUGGUUGUCUGCGUGAUCCUGAUUGGCAUAAUAGUCAUUCUCAUUCUACAAUGUCGCGAACGUAUUAAGCAGCCACGACCGCGGACGACGCAGAAUCAAGAAACCGAUCUGCAGGAGACCGAUUCUAACGCCGAUCGAUACAGAGAAAGCGAUAGGAGCAGCAACCUCUCGGAUGUCAAAGCGGACAUCCGAGCGGGAUCCAGUGUUAGCAACGCGGAAAGUGUCACGGCCCUUGACAGUGAAGGCGAAGGAAGUACCAGAGGAGUGAACGCCUUGGCGCUUGCUGGACCAGUCCCAAAUCCACUAUCCGGUUAUCGUUAUAGCGCCGAUUAUACCGAGCCUUCCUUCCCGCCGAAGAAUAGCGAUGGUAGUAACAACAAUGGUUACGUGCCAUACGUUGAUUACACUCGCGAUUAUAUGCCACCGACGACACAGAGCAUGGGCGCUUCGCGAGAGUCCUUGAGCAGGAUACCAUCGGGUGGUAUUUUGUCAUCGAAAAAGAUCGGACUCAGCUCGGCAAAUCUGGGUACCUCGACUCCGCAAACAACGCCGAUCGAUCCGCGAUUUUCCGCGACAUAUGGCAAUCCCUACCUCAGAAUGUCAGCGGCCGAGCAGCUCCGACACGCGCCGCACACAGCCGUGCCGGGAGUCACGCCGGCACCGCCGCCGUACACGCAGGCAAUGAGAAUGAAUAGCUUGAAUACCUUGAACGGCGCUGGCCCGCAGGCCCCACUGUCAGCGCAUUAUAUCACCGGUGGUCCAAACGGGGCCAUGGCAACGGUGAAGCGCACAUCCGCGGUGGGCACGUUAGCUACGCACGUAUGAGGCCAGGGGAUCUAUCCGAAUUAGAACCGUCGAUACUCGGGCCUAACUGAAACUACCUUCGAACUGGACCGUGCCCUCGAAAUGUCUCGCUACCUGCUUGGUCCACGCCCGGUGACGUUGAGAUCAACGGCGCGCGACGUCGCGCGUGGUGUCGUUGACGAAUCGGAACAAAGUCAAUGUCGUUACGAGGCCCGCCGCGCUCACGACACGGAACGUUAUAGAGCGGAAUACGAGCGACUUGUAGGACGAAGGUCACAGGGCAGCGGUAGGAAUGGCAGGGGUCACGGCGGGAUCACGGACCGAGCACAACGAAUGGCCGAGAACGGCGAGGCGCUCAAAUAUAUCGAACUGGUGCUUCGGCAGUUGCGAAGGGCCAGCAGAGAUCAUCAGGAGCUCGUGCGACAACGUCACGCGGACGUCCAAUACGAGAUCAGUAAGCGAAUCAAAGAGAGAAUCUGGCAUCAUCAUCAUUAUCAUCCUCAUCCUCAUCAUCGAGAUGGAUGCGAUUCGAUAGAUGCAUCUAGAACUUGGUCCAGGUCCUCGAGUAGCCCGUGGGAAUCGGAUUUGACUUUGAGGAAAUCGCGGCCGGACGUUACGACGAGGUUGCUGACGAAGAGGAGAGAUUACGGGGGAACGGCGCAGAGCACAGUUGACAUCCUGAAGCCGGCUCCUGGACGCGUUCGGGACGGAAUAACCGCGACCGCCUACCAAGAGAUGAAAUACAUUCCCGAGAAUGUUGGCUGGAAGGACGCGCGGGAAACGUUCGGUGCGUGGGAUCUGCCUGGACCUUCGUCGGGCAACGCUCGAAGAACAUCUUCUACCGUCGUUUAACGCGGAGAAGAUCGGCUUUGUGCCGAUGAGGUUCAUCGAUAUCGCGAGAGGGGAUUGAAAGGGAGCGUGGGGAAAAUCGAGAUGAAUUUCGAAAACCCUCUCGCGAAGGAGGGAA